AUGCAGAUACACACAGGAUUUGGAGAUAGAGGUUUGAAUCUGAGAAUGUCCAAUCCUCUUUAUCUCCACAAUAUUCUUGAGGACAAGAGAUUUGCAAAGUGUAGGAUUGUUCUUUUACAUACAUCAUAUCCAUUCUCAAAGGAAGCAUCAUAUCUAGCUUCUCUCUACUCCCAGGUUUAUCUUGAUUUUGGGUUGGCUAUUCCAAAGCUUAGUGUUCAUGGCAUGGUUUCUGCAGUGAAAGAUCUUUUAGAGCAAGCACCAUUAAAUAAGGUGAUGUUUAGUACUGAUGCUUAUGCCUUUCCUGAACUCUUCUACUUAGGUGCGAAAAAUGCCCGCAAAGUUGUUUUCACAGUUCUGCGUGACUCGUGCAUUGAUGGCGAUCUCAUUGUUUCAGAGGCUGUGGAAGCUGCAAAAGACCUCUUUGCACGAAAUUCAAUCAAUUUCUAUAAGAUUAUCAGUUAA